AUGGUGUUCGAAACCCCCAGCAACGACCUUCCCAGCGGUUUAAAGACGGAAGGCCCUCUGCAACCACCCCGCCAGACCCCCUUUUUUCUGUCCCCGUCCGUUCCUCCCCCGAGCCAACCCCCCAGCGGUUCGCCAGCCGCCAUGGCUCCCGCCGCUGUUCUCGAGAAGCCCACUGAGGACCAAAUCAUUGAAGACCGCAUGGAGACUGCCGAAUGUGUCGACCGCCUCUCCCUGCUGAGGAGCAUGCCUGAGGCGGCCAUUGAGUGCCAGGUGUGCGUUGUCGGUGCUGGUCCGGCCGGCUUGAUGCUGGCAACCAACCUGGGCCGUUGGGGUAUCAAGGUAGAGGUGGUGGAUGACAGGGCUGACCAAACCCCAGUGGGAAGAGCUGAUGGCCUGCAACCAAAAACGAUUGAGACUUUCCGGCAGAUGCGACUGGCAGAUCCCCUGCUCCAGCGCGGCGUUCGAGUCUACGAUAUUGCCUUUUGGCGAAGUACACCGGAGGAGCCCCUUCAUCGACUCGGCCGCGAAGUCCACUACCCACCCGUGAUUGAUGUGCUGGACCCAUAUAUUCUUUUGGUGCAUCAGGGCAUGGUCGAGGCCCUGUUUAUUGAGGAUCUGAAGAAGCGCGGUGUCGAAGUGCGGAGGAAUCACGCUUUCGACUCGUAUAGCGUCUGUGACAGCAAGGGUGGGCCGCUCCAGGUCAAUUGCCGUGCGAACGUGACACAAGACCGGAAGACGCUGCUGACACAAUAUCUUGUUGGCUGCGAUGGCGCGCAUUCAAAGGUUCGAAAGAGCAUUCCUGAUGCGAAGCCCGUGGGCAUGUCGCAGUCCUCGGUCUGGGGUGUCCUCGACGGAGAGCUGCAGACCGACUUCCCGGAUAUCUGGUCCAAGACAUUGGUGUAUUCCCAGGAACAUGGGUCAAUCCUGAUCAUUCCGCGUGAACGUAACAUGACACGGUUUUACAUCGAGCUGAAGGCCGGGCCUAAGGGCGACCGGAACCAGCUCGGUCAAGAGUUUGUCAUGCAGCGUGCCAAAGAAAUCAUGGCACCGUUCGAGGUUGGGUGGAAGUAUAUCGAAUGGUUUGGUAGGUACCAAAUCGGUCAGAGGGUUGCGAGCAGGUUCUGCGAUAACCACUUGAGGGCGUUUUUGGCUGGAGAUGCCAGUCAUACCCACUCACCCAAGGCUGCGCAGGGUAUGAAUACCUCUAUGCAUGAUGCGUGGAACUUGGCGUGGAAGCUUAACUUGGCGUCGAGAGGGCUGGCGAAGCAGACGCUUUUGGCUAGUUAUGAGGAGGAGAGAAGGAAGAUUGCGUUGGAUUUGGUCAACUUUGACUACGAGCAUGCGAACCAAAUCGCAGGCGGUGAUGCGGUUGCGCUGGCGGAGAAUUUCAAGACCAAUGUGAGGUUUAUUAGCGGGAUUGGUGCAGAGUACGGCGAGAAUGCGAUCAAUAUGGUGGAAGCGCACAGCUGGGUGAUGGGAGAGGCGAAGCCGGGGUGUUUGCUGCCGCCGGCGAAGGUGACGAGGUAUUUGGACUCGAACCCGGUGGAUAUCCAGCUGGAUAUUCCGAUGCUGGGGCAGUUUAGGAUUUAUCUUUUGAUGUGGGACGUGCAUCAGUCGAGGAUUUUCUUGGAGACGUUCUGCCAGGCGAUUGCGUCGCCGGAUGCGCUGGUGAACCAGUUGAGUGCGGCGGCGAGUGUAAGCUAUGCGAAGCAGCCGAGGGUGCCGGCGCCGGAGGAUAUUUAUCUCAGGCCGGAGAGGUAUACGGCUGUGAGCCAUUUGUUUACUUUUGGUUUGAUCACAACCAUGCCCAAAUCCGAAAUCGAAGUCAGCGACUUGCCCGCCCUCUUGCAAGACAGCAAGUGGACUUUCUACCUGGACGACAUUCCCGAGCAGGAUACUCGGGGCACGCUCUGCACCAACAAGUGGCUCGGCAGUCUCGGGCCCGGUGAGGUGGCCAUUGUCAAUGUCAGACCAGAUGGGUACGUAGGGUCAAUUGGGAGGUGGGACAGCAGUAUUGACGAUGCGGGUGAGGAGGCGGCCAAGUGGCUGGACACGUAUUAUGACCGGUUCUUGCAGGUGCCUGCUGCUGCUGCGUCAUAA